AUGGUUCAAAGUAUAAGGGUACAAGUUUCGGAUAGAAGAUUCUCGUCUCCUAGAUACAUCCAACGCGAGGAUUUCAUGAGCCAUUCCAGAUCUCAGCCCACUGGAACGGUGGAACAAGAGAACGGAACAAUUCAGGGCAACGCCCUGUUCAUGAACACGUUCGGACCGGGGAUAGUCUCGGACAGCGCCGCCUCGUACAACCAAGCCCUGAAGCCUUCUGACACCGUGCCCAAGACCCCUACAAAGACCCCCGCUAGAAGAAUAAGCAAGCUGAAAAUGGCAGGCGACAUGCCUAGACCGAAGAGCGUCACGCGGCUGAGAGCGUGA